AUGAUGAUGGAUGACAGGUGGACCAUCAUGAAUAACAGUGCCUCAGAGCUCGACACCAAACGACACAAAUACAAGAGGUGUUGUCGUGUCCUGCUCUGGUCCAUCAUUGUUCUGGUUGCCAUAGCAGCAGUUGUCACAGCGACUGUCUCUGUCCUGUACCUAAACCACUACUCUCUGCCUUUCAUCAACAGGGGUGGUGUCAUCUCCUCUGGGACUCCGUCCAUCGUCUCCACUAAUCAAAAGCAGAACAGUGCCUUGGUAACCAUCUCCCAAGACAAUGGUGAACCAAUCAGCGUUUUCCUGGAUCCCAACUGCCCUGAUUACCGCGACAGCUUCCUGCGCUGGGAAGAAGUCCAGAGCUCCUUGUUCAGACUGCUGAGCAGUCACAACACAGACGAAUGGCGGGAAAGGGGACUGACCCACAAACUGGGUGAGGAGCUGAAGCUGUUAUCUGGACACACCCACAGCAUGUGUCUGGAAGCUGAUUCACUGAAACGAGGACAGGAAGCUCUGGGACAGAGACUAGACACACUGCAGAACGAGCAAGGUCGAAUGAUACAGUUGUUGGCAGAUCAUCAGUCGGCGGUGAUGAAGGUUGUGCAUAGUGUCAGUGAUUCUCUGGUUAGCCUGCAGAGGGAGACAGAGAGUCUGAAGAGUCUGAAAGCGGAAGUUCAGAAACCAACAAAUAUAAGAGCAUUCAGACCCAGAGACUGUGCUGAGGUGCAGAGUGGCGGAGCCACAGAAGAUGGGCUGUACUCUGUGUUUCCUACUCACGACCCCGACGGCUUCAUGGUCUACUGUGAUAUGAACACCGAUGGUGGGGGCUGGACGGUUAUCCAACGCAGGGAGGAUGGUUCUGUGAACUUUUACCGUGGCUGGGCUGGAUACCGUGAUGGCUUCGGUGCAAUUACAGGAGAGCAUUGGCUAGGUCUGCAGAGGAUCUAUUCCCUGACCAGAACAGGGGGAUAUGAGCUGCGGAUCGACAUGGCUGACUUUGAGAACGGCACGGCGUUUGCACAUUACGGCAGCUUUGCUGUCGGCGUUAACUCGGUGAACCCUGAGGAGGACGGUUAUCCGCUGACGGUGGACGACUACUCUGGAACUGCAGGUGAUUCACUCCUGAAGCAUUCUGGGAUGCAGUUCACCACUAAAGACCGUGACCAGGACCAAUCAGAGAACAACUGUGCUGUGUACUAUCAGGGUGCCUGGUGGUACCGAAACUGCCACACGUCCAACCUCAAUGGCCAGUACCUAAGAGGAAGCCACGCCUCCUACGCUGAUGGGGUGGAGUGGUCCAGUUGGACUGGCUGGCAGUACUCGCUCAAGUUCACUGAGAUGAAGAUACGACCUACCAGCAGGCCAAACCAGAACCUUCACCUGAACUAA